AUGGUCAGCCCUCUCGGCCCCCUCUUGUGCGUAGCGGCCCUCUUCGCGGCGCUGCAGUCUCCUCGUCCUGCACACGCCAAGCGCCUCGACGCCGUGUCCUUCGAGAAGCCCUUUGACCGCGUCGAUAGCGAAGGGCAGCGCCAAGUCGGGCGCGAUUUUGUGCAUGGCGGCGACACGGCCGUGAGCCGCCACUUUGCUCGGCUCACCCCGGAUCGCCAGCAGAAACGUGGCUACAUUUGGGGCACGCAGCCGCUCGGCGUCAAGGAGUUUGCUGCGGUGCUCACGUUCCGGAUCAGUGGCCAGGCCAAAGCGUGGUUUGGCGACGGGCUCGCGCUCUGGGUCACGACCUCGAGCCAGUACGUGCAGGGCGACAACCAUGGCUUCAUUGGCGAGUUCAAGGGCAUUGGCGUCGUGUUUGACACGUUUGUCAACCAAGAACACAAUGGCGGCCACAAGGACGUGACGUUCUUUGAGAACGACGGCACGAAGACGCUGGACCAGCUGAACGAAGCCAACAAGGUGGGCUGCAUGGCUCCUGGGAUCCGCUACCACGAGAAAAACGCAGCGUUUAGCCCGUCGCUCAAUAUGUCGCGGGCCAAGAUCACGUACACGCAGGCGGAUCAGCAGAUCACGGUUCUCAUUGAUGCAGACGCCUCGGGCAGCUGGGUCAAGUGCCACAGUCAACGUCUCGACAUCGGGGACGACUGGAUGCAUGACGCAUACAUUGGCAUCUCCGCUUCGACUGGCGGUCUGGCAGACAACCACGAUGUCAUCGCGUUCAGCGUUUACGAUGACGUGAUUGACUCGCUUGCUGCCGAGGAAGACGAGAAACAUCGCAGCGCUACAGACAAGAGCGUCGAAGCCACAUUGAGCGGCGGGGAUGUCAGCGACAAGGUGAAGCUGGUCAAGCGCAAGUACGCCCAGUUGAUUGAAGAUUUCGAGCACCAGUUUACUGCGCUGAAGGAGGCCACUGGAAACACGAUCCAGAAGCUGAAGGAACAGGAAGUUGAAGACGAAAAGCGAAUCGCGGAGCUCGAGACGUGGGCAAGUGGAAAAGUCUUCGAGCGUUUGAGCACGUCAGUGACCGCGAUCCGCGACCAAGUGGACACGCAAUUGCAAGAGACCGUUAAGGAGACCGCUGCGAAGUCUGGAGGUUGGAAGACGCCGUUUUUCAUUGUUGUGUUCAUCAUGGCCGGCGUCGUGGCUGUGGGUUAUAAGAAGUACCAGGAUCUCCGCAAGACCCACUUCCUGUAG